GGAGGCGGCGGGGACGGGCGGGCGGCAGCCGGGGCCGCACCGGGCUCGCCAUGGACUACUCCUACCUCAACUCCUACGAGUCCUGCGUGGCAGCCAUGGAGGCGAGCUACGAGUUCAGCCCCUGCAGCCAGGCGGGCUCCUUCCAGUACAGCCCCAUGCGGGGGGGCUUCGGGCCUGCGCCCGCCUGCGCCCCCCUCGCCUCCGCCAGCUGCGCCCUGGGCGCCCUCCGCGACCACCAGCCCUCGCCCUACUCGGCAGUUCCCUACAAAUUCUUCUCGGACCCGUCUGGGAUCAACGAGAAGCGGAAGCAGCGGCGGAUCCGCACGACGUUCACCAGCUCGCAGCUGAAGGAGCUGGAGCGGGUCUUUGCCGAGACUCACUACCCCGACAUCUACACCCGAGAGGAGCUGGCGCUCAAGAUCGACCUCACCGAGGCGCGGGUGCAGGUGUGGUUCCAGAACCGUCGAGCCAAAUUCCGCAAGCAGGAGCGCGCCGCCAACGCCAAGGGUGCCAGCGGCACCGGCAGCAGCGGGAAGAAGUCGGAGCCCCGCUCCUCCUCCGAAGACGACGAAUCCAAGGAGUCCAACUGCAGCCCGACCCCCGACAGCACGGCCUCGCUGCCUGCCGCCGCUCUCGGCAGUCCCGGCGGCAGCCUGAGCCCCAGCCCCGGCGCGGGGGCGCCCCUGGGACCCGGCCAUGCCCCCCAGCCCCUCAAGGCGCCGCUCUGGGCGGGGGUGGGGGGCGGCAGCGGAGCCCCCAACACGGCCGAGCUGCUGAAGGCCUGGCAGCCCACCGAGGCUGUGCCGGGACCCUUCUCCGGCGUCCUCUCCUCCUUCCAUCGGAAACCGAACGGCAUCAAGACAAACCUCUUCUGAUCGCCGAGCCACCGGAUCCGCCUGCCCCCCGAACCCCCUCGGCCCCCGCCCUGCCCCCUGCGCCCACCGCCCCCAGCACGGAGCCACCGCGCCGCUCCAGCGAGCGGGGACAGGGAGCGGGACCGGCCCUGCCCCUCCCGGACCCUGCGUGAGUGGGGGCAGCUCCCGGCGACACCCGUGGGUGCUGCGGGACCGCGGGGGCGCCAGGCGGGGACAGCAGCCCAUGCUCAGCCAGAGUGGCCCUGGCAGAGCCUGCGGGUGGGGGCAGAUGUGGGGCUCCCACAGCGCUGCGGGUGCUCCAGCAGAGCCCCCUCGAUGGUCGGUGCCGCCGGGCUGGGGGCAGGAUGCACUUUAUGGGGGGUUCUGGGCUCACCGGGGUGGGCAGCGCCCGGCACUCCGCUAGGGAGACGGCCCUUGGUGCGGGGAGGAGCUGAUUCCACCCAGAUCCCGCCUGCUGGCAUGGAUAACCCCGGCAGGGAAGCGGUCACCCACCCCACCCCGAGGGCUGUGGGCAGCAAAUGCGGGGCUGGGAGGUUCAGCGCUCUCCUGUAUCGCUGCAGGCGCUGCCAGGGGGGACAGGGAGCCAGAACUGCCGGGGUGAGGUGCCCCCCUCGGGAGGGUGAUGUGGGAUGGAGCCCUGGAACAGCCAGUGGGAUGGAACCCUGGCUGUGGGAUGGAGCCCUGGCACAGCCAGUGGGAUGUCUGGGAGCAGCCAGCACCCCUUGUCAGCAGCAGGGUGGGUGCUCCCACUGAAGCUGGCACCCCCCACACCCCCCAAAAGUUCCCGAGUCGGCGGUGGUGCUGGGGGUGCCCAGCCACCCACGACACCCUGCUGCUGUGCUGGUGGGUUUUUUGUGGCAUGGUGAGGAUGCUGGCAGCCCAUCCAUGGAUCCCUGUCCCCCCUGUAUCCCUCCCAGCUCCCCCGAGGUGGGUUCCCCACUUUUCUUUCGU